AUGUCUCAUAUGGCAUCCACGGCCUUAAGGCAAGCGCCACGGGCCUUUUCCCGUCGCUUGUCGACUGUUGGCCUAUUGAAAGCUACCUCGCCACUCCCUGCCAGGACAGCUACCACCCGACGAUACGUCUCUGAGACGCGAUCUGGCAACGCCCAGGUCAGCGUCGACACAGCUAUCAAAGCUGAGCAGAGGAGAUUCAUCGAUCAGACAGGUAUCCAGCCCCAGAAUGCCGAGCUACCGUCAUCGUCCAUGAGCGGCGACACCUCCAUGAGCCCCAAUGCUGCCAUCUUGAAGCAAGCCACCAUCAUGGACGAAGGCAACCGGCCCAUCUAUCUCGACAUGCAAGCCACCACUCCCACUGACCCCCGUGUCCUGGAUGCGAUGCUCCCUUUCCUCACUGGCCUGUACGGCAACCCUCACUCGAGAACGCACGCUUAUGGCUGGGAGACGGAGGCAGCCGUCGAAGAAGCCCGAGGCCACAUCGCAAGCCUCAUUGGGGCUGAUCCCAAGGAGAUUAUUUUCACCAGCGGUGCCACUGAAAGUAAUAACAUGAGCAUCAAAGGUGUUGCUAGAUUCUUUGGUCGGUCGGGAAAGAAGAAGCAUAUCAUCACGACCCAGACAGAACACAAGUGUGUUUUAGAUAGCUGUCGUCAUCUUCAGGAUGAGGGUUUCGAUGUCACAUAUCUUCCUGUGCAGAAUAAUGGUAUCGUCAAUAUCGAUGAACUGAAGGCAGCCAUCCGUCCAGAUACUGCGCUGGUUUCGAUUAUGACAGUAAAUAACGAGAUUGGUGUCAUCCAGCCAGUUGAAGAGAUUGGAAAGAUCUGCCGUGCGAACAAGGUUUUCUUCCACACUGAUGGUGCCCAAGCAGUUGGAAAGAUUCCUAUCGAUGUCAACAAGUGGAAUGUCGACCUUAUGUCUAUCUCCGGUCAUAAGCUCUAUGCUCCGAAGGGAAUUGGGGCAUGUUAUGUCCGCAGAAGACCUCGUGUACGUCUCGAUCCAAUAAUCACUGGCGGUGGCCAGGAGAGAGGUCUCCGCAGUGGUACUCUCGCACCUCAUCUCUGCGUUGCCAUGGGUGAGGCCUGCCGAAUUGCGAAGAGCGAUAUGGAAUAUGACACAGCACAUGUCAAGAGAUUAUCUAAGCGAUUAUUGGAUGGUCUCUUGGCCAUGGAACAUACAUCUCAGAAUGGAGACCCCGAGCGUCACUAUCCUGGCUGUGUGAAUGUCUCUUUUGCCUAUAUCGAGGGUGAAUCUCUCUUGAUGGCACUCAAAGACAUUGCCCUUUCUUCCGGCAGUGCCUGUACAUCGGCUUCCCUCGAGCCUAGCUACGUGUUGCGUGCUCUAGGCAGCAGCGACGAGAGUGCACACAGCAGUAUCCGAUUUGGAAUCGGACGAUUCACGACGGAGGCUGAGAUUGACUACGUUUUGAAAGCAGUCACCGACCGCGUCCACUUCUUGCGGGAACUGAGUCCAUUGUGGGAGUUGGUGCAGGAGGGUAUUGCUUUGGACACUAUCCAGUGGAGCCAGCAUUGA